UUGUAUUGUUUAGUUUAGCUUUCUGUUAAGAGUGGAUGGAGCAGCAAAUUAACUGCUGCUAACGACAAACUAAAAUCAGUUUUCACUCUACUGCCAAACCGGUCGAAACUCAAUAGCAAAAAAAAAUACUGAAAAGUACGUGAAAUCUAACGGCGCGUGCAAAAAUAAUAAAAAGGUUAAGUGCAAUCCAGUAUAAUAACAACAACAACAAAUAAAACUUUAACAACAUGACAACAUUGCCCAAAGUUGAUAUCGAUCAGCCUAAAUAUGAUCAAAGCACUUAUUUGAAUCGUGCCAAACAUUUCUUUCUCUUGACCAAUCCUUUAAAUUUAUUGGCCACAAAUUCGGAUUUGGAAAAGGCAAAGAGAAUUGUUAAUGAUUAUCGUGCCGGCAGACCAGUACCCGAUGUUAAGAAUGUCGAUGAAUUGUGGCGUGCCAAGUAUUUGUAUGAUUCUGCUUUCCAUCCCGAGACCGGCGAGAAAUCAUUGAUCAUUGGUCGUAUGUCCGCCCAGGUGCCCAUGAAUACUUUAAUUACUGGAUGCAUGCUUUCAUUCUACAAAACUACACCGGCUGUUAUAUUCUGGCAGUGGGUAAAUCAAACAUUUAAUGCCGUGGUCAAUUAUACAAAUCGUUCCGGUUCUACACCCCUCUCUAAAGAACAAUUGUUGACUUCAUAUGUUUUGGCUACUGGUGGUGCCUUAACCACUGCUUUAUCAUUGAACAGAAUAGUUAAGAACUUAAACCCCUUGAUCGGUCGUUUGGUACCUUUGGCCGCCGUGGCCGCUGCUAAUUGCAUCAAUGUACCCAUGAUGCGUAUGCAAGAAUUGAAGAACGGUGUUACCCUUUUGGAUGAACAAAACAAUGAAAUGGGCAUCUCCAAGAAGGCCGCCGCCGUCGGUAUUACCGCUGUAGUAGCCAGUAGAAUAGCUAUGGCCACUCCCGGCAUGGUUUUAACUCCUCUUUUGAUUAACAAAUUGGAAAAGGGUGGUUUCUUGAAACGUUUCCCCAAGGCUAGUGCUCCCAUCCAAACCCUGUUCUGUGGUUUUGUUUUAAUCUUUGCCACCCCCUUGGGCUGUGCAUUCUUUAGUCAAAGAGCUGCCAUAGAUGUUAAGAGCUUAGAACCCGAAGUCCAAGAAUCUAUUAAGAAGAAGAACUCGGAAUUGACACAAGUUUGGUUCAACAAGGGCUUGUAAAUUGUCCCAUAGAUAAACACACACAUCCUCUGAACUUUAUGCCAGCCAGCAGGACUAAUGCAAAUAAGAGCUUAGCCAUCUAACAAAUUAUAAAAAAGGAGAAAGAAGAAAAAACGUUAAACUUUAAGUUAAAUUUAUACACACAACAACUAUAAAUGUGUUUUGACAAUAAUUUCAUUAAAAGAAAAAUAUAAAUAGUAAUAGUAAUGUUUACAACAACACUGUUAAUUAAGUUAUUAAACAAUUUUAGAUAAGAGUAGUUAUUUUGUGUGAAAUACUCUCUCACUGAAACAUUUUAGCGUAAAUAAUGUUUUUUCCAAUUUGUUGCAUUUAUUUGUGUUCUUUUCCUAAGUUCCAUAAUAAGACAAACAGUCAGACAGGUCAUACUCUAUUCCAAGCUAUUAAGAAACAUUAAAAUACCUCAGAGAAAUUAUACAUAAAUAAUAAAAUAA